AUGACAACGGAGCAACAGUCAAAUAUUUCUAGUAUGGCAAAGAAACCACUUUUAUUAUAUCUAUUAGGAGAUUCAUUGACGGAAGGAUACAUCAAUUUUGGUACAGAUUUUCACUCAUAUAGUAUCAACUUACAGAAAAGAUUCAAGCAAGCUGGAAUUGAAGUUGUUAUUAAAGAGGAAGGAGUAUCAGGUGAUCGCGUACUUUCAAAAGAUAUGGAAAAAAGGUUAAGGGAAUUUUUAGAGGAAGUUUCGAAUAAAAAUCAAAAAGUUGAUUGGAUUAUCAUACUUGGAGGUACAAAUGAUCUGUUUAGUUCGAGCGCGCAAAGAAUUUUCGAAGGUUUAAAAAAACUUUACAAUGUUUGUGAAGAAUAUAAUGCAAAAGUUUUAGCAAUGUCCAUCCUUGAAUUUAGAGCGGUCUACAAUGGAUUUUUUAGAGAUUAUGCAGAAACGAGCGAAAAUGUUACGUUUUACGAUUUAGCCAAGGAUUUACCAUAUGAAGAUAAUUUAUAUUGGGAUCCUGAUGGUCUUCAUUUGACGAGCGAUGGAUAUGAUCAUAUGGGGGAUUUGAUUUUUGAAUCAUUAUAUAAAGAGAUUAAAUCAAGUUAA